UUUGUUUUUUCUUUUGCUGAAUGCUUGAUGAUGCAAUUUCUUUUCUGUUGCAUGUUUCCAUUCCAGAAGUACAGCCUGAUGGCCAGAUGCCAAGUGAUUCGACUGUUGGUGGAGGUGAUGAUGCUUUCAACACCUUCUUCAGUGAAACUGGUGCUGGAAAGCAUGUUCCUCGUGCAGUUUUUGUAGAUCUCGAGCCUACUGUUAUUGAUGAGGUUAGGACUGGCACAUACCGUCAACUCUUCCACCCUGAGCAGCUUAUUAGUGGGAAGGAAGAUGCAGCUAACAACUUUGCACGUGGCCAUUACACCAUUGGGAAGGAGAUUGUUGAUCUUUGCUUGGAUCGUAUUCGCAAGCUUGCUGAUAACUGCACUGGCCUCCAAGGAUUCUUGGUUUUCAAUGCUGUUGGUGGUGGCACUGGAUCAGGACUUGGCUCUCUUCUGCUGGAACGUCUCUCUGUGGACUAUGGCAAGAAGUCGAAGCUUGGGUUCACUGUUUAUCCCUCACCACAGGUUUCAACCUCAGUUGUUGAGCCCUACAACAGUGUUCUCUCUACACACUCUCUUCUGGAGCAUACAGAUGUUGCAGUGCUGCUUGAUAAUGAGGCCAUCUAUGAUAUAUGUAGGCGUUCACUUGGUAUCGAGCGCCCCACUUAUACCAACCUUAAUCGCCUGGUUUCCCAGGUGAUAUCAUCAUUGACUGCCUCCCUGAGGUUUGAUGGUGCCUUAAAUGUGGAUGUAACUGAAUUCCAGACCAACCUUGUCCCAUAUCCGAGGAUUCACUUCAUGCUUUCAUCUUAUGCUCCUGUGAUCUCAGCUGAGAAGGCCCAUCAUGAGCAGCUCUCUGUUGCAGAGAUCACAAACAGCGCUUUUGAGCCUUCAUCCAUGAUGGCCAAGUGUGAUCCUCGCCAUGGUAAGUACAUGGCUUGCUGCCUGAUGUACAGAGGUGAUGUGGUGCCAAAGGAUGUCAAUGCUGCUGUGGCCACUAUCAAGACCAAGCGCACAAUCCAAUUUGUUGACUGGUGCCCAACUGGUUUCAAGUGUGGUAUCAACUACCAGCCUCCAACUGUUGUCCCUGGUGGUGAUCUUGCUAAGGUGCAGAGGGCCGUGUGCAUGAUCUCCAACUCUACCAGUGUUGCAGAGGUGUUCUCUCGUAUUGACCACAAGUUUGACCUCAUGUAUGCAAAGAGAGCAUUUGUGCACUGGUAUGUUGGUGAGGGUAUGGAGGAAGGUGAGUUCUCAGAAGCCCGUGAGGAUCUUGCUGCCUUGGAGAAGGACUAUGAGGAAGUUGGAGCUGAGUCUGCUGAGGGCGAUGAUGGCGAAGAGGGAGAGGAGUAUUGAGAAUUUUCAAGUGUGCUGUUCUCUUCAUUGUUCUGUGACUUCUGUCCUGUGGUGUUAUUAUAUUGUGUCCUUUUUUUUUUCUUUCUUUCUUUCUUUUUUCUCUCUUUUUUUUUUCAUUAAUCCUACAUAAUGAGCUGCUUUCCUUUAGUGAAGCAGAUUUACUUUCAAGUUUCAGGUUGUUCCUGUAUUAAACUUCUUGAUGAUGUAUAUGGUCAUGGCUUUCUUGUAAGAACUUUGUUCAAUCUUUCAUUGUGUUCUGCUGCUAUGGUCCUUGCAACUAUUUU